CUCCUCGGAGACAACUCGGGUCCGACGGCGUCCCUCCGAUCCGUAAGAAAUAAACGGAGAUAUCUUAAUCUGGCCAGAGCGGCAAGGGCCGAUGCCGGUGCCGCCCUCCAAAAACCCAGCUUUAAUCGAUCGCAAAAGGCCACCCCCCCCUUGAGGAACAAAACGAGGGGGGAGAGAGGAGCCGGGCUGGGACUCGGUAGCCCCACGAGACAAGAAUCCGCUUCGGUUCUCCCUCCCCCAUCAUAUCAUUCCAGAGACAGAGGACAGGGACUCGUUUCUCCUCUCUCCUCGUGCCGUGAUUCAUUCUUCCCCUUAUUCGGUUGUUUCUUGAGCCCUCCAAAAAGCCCUGCUUCCAUCGUUUCCACCAAAGAAAAUUUUCAGGUAAUAAAUCCUCGGUUUUUCUGAAGUUCCCCUAGAAAUCGAAUCUCUUCGCUCGAUUACAUCGGUUAGAUUUAUUCCGUUUGAGUUUGGAUACGGUAAGAUCAUAACCUAUCCGAUUCAUAUAAAACCUACGUUUUCUUUUCUUUUCGUCUCGUUCUCCCCAGGAAAAAGAUCUCUGUUCUUUCCUGGCUUCCCGAUAUUCCGCCUACUGCGUUUUCCCAAUUCAAAUACUUAAUUUUUUUCGCCUCCCAAUUUUUCUCUACCGAUUUAUUUGGUAAAGUUUCCAUUUUUUUUUAAAAAAACCUCUCUAGUUCACCAGAGCCUGUAAUCGUCCUCCUAUUCUGCGGCACUAUUCAGCUUUGGCUCGUGCAAAUAAUAUUUUAUAGAUUGCCAAGAAUAGAUUCCUAUUUAUAGUUUUGUUGUGCGGUGCCCUAGACUAGACCAGAGAACCCGAUUCAUCUCUCUCCGUCCUCUCAUAAACCUCUGAAACUUCGGAGACUUUGUUGUCGAAACCCUAGUUCUCCGCCGGAGACAAGUAUCUAGCUUUCGAAGAGAAUGCAAGCCAUCGAGAAGAAGAGCGUGCCGGAUUUCGGCCUUUCCUGGAACCUCCAGGAGAGUUUCUAUCAUGCCGCCGGCGGCGGUGGCGGUCUGUUUGCGAGCGUCGGACAGAUGGGAGUCGGCUUCGGCGUUUCGCCCAAUCCUUCCAAUCCCAACCCCAAAGACAACGGAAUCAGGAUUCCCUGCACCGAUCUCUACGUCAAGUACGUGUCGCCGGAGUUUGGGUUCCGCCUCGUCGGUUCUCCAACUGUCUCGGACGCCGGCGAAGAAGUCUUGGAGGAAGCCAAGCCUAAGAAGAAGGGAGGGUUGAAAUUAAAGAUCCGAAUCGGAAACCCCCAUUUCAGGAGGCUGCUCAGCGGGGGGAUCGCCGGGGCGGUCUCGCGGACCGCGGUCGCUCCCUUGGAGACGAUCAGAACGCAUCUGAUGGUAGGUAGCAACGGGAACUCGACGAUAGAAGUCUUCCAAUCGAUCAUGAGAACGGAGGGAUGGCAGGGAUUGUUUCGUGGCAAUUUUGUUAACGUCAUCCGAGUUGCACCAAGCAAGGCUAUCGAGUUAUUUGCUUAUGAUACAGCCAAGAAGAUCUUGACCCCUAAGACAGGGGAACCACCCAAGCUGCCUGUUCCUUCAUCUCUAGUUGCUGGAGCAUUUGCUGGGGUCAGCUCUACACUCUGUACAUAUCCUCUAGAGCUGCUCAAGACUCGACUAACCAUACAGAGAGAUGUGUAUGAUAAUCUGCUACAUGCUUUUGUUAAAAUCUUGCGCGAAGAAGGCCCUGCAGAGCUGUACAGAGGUCUCCCUCCGAGUUUAAUCGGAGUAGUACCAUAUGCUGCCACCAAUUAUUUUGCCUAUGACACCCUGAGAAAACUAUAUAGGAAGACAUUUAAGGAGGAGGAGAUAGGCAACUUUGCAACUCUUCUGAUCGGGUCAGCAGCUGGGGCAAUCUCAAGCAGCGCUACUUUCCCACUUGAAGUUGCUCGAAAGCACAUGCAGGUUGGGGCUGUUGGUGGGAGGCAGGUCUACAAGAACAUGCUUCAUGCUCUCUUAAGCAUAUUGGAGAAGGAAGGCAUUGGGGGUCUUUACAAGGGUUUGGGGCCGAGCUGCAUGAAGUUGAUGCCUGCUGCAGGGAUCUCGUUCAUGUGCUAUGAGGCCUGCAAAAGGAUAUUGAUUGACAAAGAGGAUGAUGCAUAGUUUCACCAGUUUUCUUCAGCAAAGAGGUUGAGCAAUCAAAACAGAAAUUUAAGAUUUUUGGCCCUUGUCUAGAUUCUUUUAUAUGCUUCCUAAAUUUAAGCUCCUGAAACUCUGAUGUUGCUGGCAAUAGGAUUCGGGGCUUUAUCCAGCCUAAUUUUGUUCGCCCAUUUUCAGUUUAUUUGUUUUAACUUGAAAGACAGUUGAAAGAAAUGGUUUUUUUGGCCAUAUGAAGAAAACACCAAUAAGGUGUGGUAUUAACCUAUGGCAAAGAAGUGUCCGGAAAUAAAUCAUGAUUGCUUAUUUUUAUGA